AUGUGUGGUACACUACAAAAAAUAUUUGAGACAGAACAUGGAUAUGAGAAAACUAAGAAUGCUAUUUGUGUUUGUCUUGAAAAUGCAAAGACAAUUAGAUACAUCGAUAUGAUUUUAGUUCAUUCUGCUCGUUCUAAUUGGGAAAGGAGACACGGAACUUGGAUGGCACUACAAGAGGCAGUGGAAAGCGGGUUCGUUAAAACAAUCGGGGUAUCUAAUUACGCCUUAAAGCAUGUUCAAGAGCUUCUGGAAUAUAAAGAUCUUAAAAUAAAGCCUGCAGUUGAUCAAGUAGAAUUACAUCCAUGGCUCAUGAGAGAAGAGUUGGUGACUUAUUUGCAAAAAAACAAAAUUGCUCCAGAAGCCUAUUCUCCCUUGACUAGAGGAAUGUGGUUGGACGAUCCUACUCUUGUGAGAAUAGCAAGAAAGCAUAACAAGAGUCCUGCUCAGAUUCUCAUUAAUUGGUCUCUUUCAAAAGGAUUCAUCUGCCUUCCAAGGACUUCGAAGCCAAAAAGAUUGGACAGUAACCUUGAAGUCUUUGAUUUCCAGCUAGAUCGUGAAGAUUUAGAUCUUAUCGAGAAACGGGGUGAAGCACAUCCUACUAAAAAAGACUCUACUGAUUAUCCGUUGGAUAGUGAGAAAACAGAAGAGCAAUUAAAGCGAGAGCAAGAAUCGCUUAAACAAAAUCAAUGA